AGCGUAGUGUGAAUGUUGAAUGGUGGAAAUGCUUGUUGAAAGGAAAGGAGUUUAAAACAAAAUGGAGUACUGGGAUCGAAAAUAGUGUUGACAUUCUUAUUGGCUGAACAGGAUUAAAAUUCUAUAUGGCUUGUAGUUCUGUGUUGGUGUCAUUGUAACACCUAAGAUAUUUAUUAGUACGGCACCUUGCUGUUUUCUAGAACAUGGGCUCAUCCUUGUCUUUGGACUUUGGAGAUGUACAGAGAGCCGCAAACAGCGUCCACUCACUCGUUGGCUUAGAGGGGAAAAUGCCAAUUUGAUGAACGUAUUUUUGAUGUCACGAUCUCGCACUAGUUCGUUGUCAAGGGUGAGAAUGCUGUCAGCCUCGCUUUCGUCUUUGAUUCGAGCCAAGAGGAGUGUGCUGUUGUUAGCAUGUGUGUCAACUCUUGUCUUGUACACGUUCUAUAACAACAUAGCCUCAUGGAGCUUGAGCCAGACAAGGACAAGAGCCGAGACCGAAGAGUUGCUGGAGGGCGAGUUUAAGUCCUGUCCAAACGUGAUAAGUAGAAUGGUGGUCGGCCACUGGCUGAAGAACAAGGACUACAGCAAGAAGGAAAUGACGCUUGUUGAUGACGCACUGAGGAAGACGUUACGUCACAACAAAAUCUCCGGCGUCCUUGAAAGAAAGGAUAAAAGAUGCGGAAACGUUGACCUAGAGGGGAAUCAUUACUACCGUGCUCUAUGUGAACCGGAAGGUGAGACGCCAUGUUGUUUCAGCUAUACGUGUGUGAACAAAACCAUCGAUCAAUGUCAAGGUCCUUGGGCGUUGGACGUGCGGCAAGUGUUCCAGGCCGAGUUUGCAACGUGGAUACCAGACGAUCCUACGUGUAAGAUGUUGGACCUGAGGUCAGAAAAGCAAAUCUGCCAGGUGCUUGACAACGUGACCAUUUACUUUGUGGGCGAGUCACUGACCAGGAUGUUGUACAUGUCACUCUUGGGGCUUUUGAGAGACCAGAAAUAUGAGACCCACAUUCUGAUUGACAACUCUACCACAGACAGGGGAUGUCACGUUUACCUGCGGUACAGUCCACCAUGCAAACCAUUUAUAAUGAGGGACAGCGUUGAGUGCAAUGGUAAAACCAGAUUGCGGUUUAAGGAAGCGCUCCGGCCCAGCGAUGUCAGCGAGGUGCUGAGACAGUUGAAAGAGCUGUCAGGAAUUCCGAACACUUUCUAUGUCUCUGGGUUUGGGUUCCAUGAUCGGUUCAAGGCUGAUCCAGUUAUUUCAAAAGUGUUCAAUCCCAUUUUCCAGGAGUUGGCCAAAUCCGCAUGGCCAAAGUUCAUCUGGCUGGCCACACACAUGCCAACCAUAUUGCAAACGACUACAAGCUACAUGCAACAGCCGACUGAGAUCCUGGCUUACAACGCUGCCCUGAAGACUGUGCUGUCUGCCCACAAGGUGCCCGUGAUGGACUGGACUCAGCUGACCGCUAACGUCAUGGGCAUCGACAACCUUCAUUACGGGAAGGGGGUCAACGAUGUCAAGGCUGUGAUUCUGUUGAACCUUCUGCUGGAGCUCAGGCACAACUCUACCUGGAUGCUGGAGAAACAGAUCCCUGACAAUGUGACAGCGCAAAGCCCUAGAGAGACAUCAAAACUAAAAAUCAAUGCGUCCAAACACGCCAACAUUUCAAGCAAUACACAAAAAAAGCAACAACCGAAAUACAAUAACCACCUGAACAGCGCGCACAUCCACACUUACAAAUAUCCAGAAAAAAAAAUUACAACAAGAUAAGGGAGGCAAUUCGAAGAACAACUACACCAACUCUCAUCACGAAUUAUAGCCCCUGGUAAUAUACGUGUGACAUUUAUCAAAACUGUGAUUCAACUGUCCCAUUACUGAAUCAGAUCGAGGCUGAUAGAAUUUACCUCACUGUUGUCAUGUAUGUCAAGGUAAAUUAAACUAUUUGAAUAGACGAUA